UGGACCCCAACUCAAAACCAACAACCAAUGCUCACGAUUUAGCCAUCAACCUUCAAAUCCAAUUCUCCCUCCUCCAUAAAGCACUGCUGACGGGCUGUGGUUAGCUUUGCAUUUAUUAUUUAUUCUAUUAUCUCUGAACGAUAUCCUUUAUUUCACCAUGGCGAAAGUUUCCAAGCCCUCUCUUGACGAAGUCCUCAACAUGGAUAGCAGGGAUUUGUAUUUGGAUAUGAAGCAGCGACAAUCCGAGUAUGUUUCUCCAGAGACUUACUCCCCCAAUGCCUCCUAUUUGAGUUUUCGUCGGUAUUUGGUGGAUUGGAUGACGAGCAUUGGAGAGUCCUUUCGCUUACAUGACAGCACCAUCCAUGUGAGUGUUUUGUUCCUGGACAAGAUUCUGCGAUCACGCAAUGAGAUUCCUCGCGAGCAAUGGCAACUGAUUGCCACGGCUUGCAUUAGCUUGGCUGCCAAGUACGAAGAGGCCGAAGAGCACUGCCCUCACAUUCCGGACUUGCUCCGAGUCUCCAAGCUGAGCAAUGCUGGACACACGUCCUUGACGUUUCGAGAAGGAGAAACCCAAGUGCUCAACUAUCUCAACUGGAAGCUCCGAGCGGUUCCAGCCAUUCACGUGGUUGGAUACUUUCACUCCUGUGGUGUUCUCUUUGACACGGAUCGUUGGAACAACCCUGCUCCGGCAUCCAAAGUCAAUGCUUCCCUGGAGAAAUUUGCAGUCUUUUUCUCCAAUUUGACGCUGCAAUCCUAUGAAUUCUGCAAAUACUACCCCACACUUUUGGGGGCGGCCAUUUUGUUGGCAUCGCGGGUAGCGGUCAAGGUGGAACCACACUGGAGACCCGAGCUGACCAAGCUCACGGGGUACAAGGAAAGCGACAUUGAAGAAUGCUUUCGACAUAUUUGGCACUCGUACUCGGCCCAAUUCCCCAAUCACGUGACACAGUACCAAUACAGAUCAUCGUCACCUCGCAGUGUCGUGUUCACGCCGGUAACUACUACCCAUGCCGACCACCACCGAAUGUGAUUUUGAUGGGAUGGAUAGAAUUGGAACCAAACAUUGUCACUGUAGGCUUCCAGCCGGCCUCAAAAAGCUACAUUAUCUUGCUGCGUUGGAAAUGAAAAUGCAAGUCCAACGGCAUCGCCUACUAGUAAGCAAGCAAACCAUGGGAAGACCAGAAGAAGGGCUUUUUGGCUCUUUUAUGCUUUUGGUCUAUGAUAACACUCAUAAACGUCUACAUAGCACUAUUACAUUGGAAGUC